GGCUGGGACCAGGCGGCGGCUGGUGGAGGCGCUAGCUCGAGCUUGACGCGAGGACUCUGCUCCCCCGAGGCCCGCCCGCCCGCCGGCCUCGCCGCCACCUCCCUCGCUCCCUGAGCGCGCCGAGCGCUGGCCAGAGGCCGGAGCGGAGGCCCGGGGCGACGCGGGGCGGAGAGGGCGGGCGGGCGGGCAGUGAGAGCGUCGGUCUCUAUAUGGCGGCGGCUCUGUCGGGCCUGGCUGUCCGGCUCUCGCGCUCGGCUGCCGCCCGCUCCUAUGGGGUCUUCUGCAAGGGGCUGACCCGCACGCUGCUCAUCUUCUUCGACCUAGCCUGGAGGCUGCGCAUCAACUUCCCCUACCUCUACAUCGUGGCUUCCAUGAUGCUGAACGUGCGCUUGCAGGUUCAUAUUGAGAUCCAUUGAAGGUCCUCCCCUGACUGGCAAAGGUGUGACCUCAGGCUCCUUACUCAAAGACACAAAGCAUGAGGGAAG